AUGAAGCUUGCCAGGCUGCGGGGUCGAAAGGCUGAUAAACGUAGGUUUUUUUUAGAAUUAGGGUAAGGGUAGGUCAGGGUAGAGUAGGUUAUGAUGCUGUCUAGUGUAAGGUGACGUAUAAAUAGGAAGAUAGGGUAGGGCAGUGUAGUGUAGGGUAAGGUAGGGUAGAGUAGGGCAGGGACGGGUAGGGUAGGGUAGGGUAAGGUAAGGUAAAGUCGGGUAGAGUACAUUAGGGUGCGGUUUUGAAGGGUAAUGUAGGGUACGGCACGGUAUGGUACGGUAGGGUAUGGAAAAAUAAAAACGUUACACAACAAUGCUAAUCAUAAUACAUUUUCAGUUCAAAGGCUUGUCGGUAUAACCGUAGUGUUGAUAUUACGGUAUGCCAUACCUAAAGCGGCAGUAAGUUUUUUAUUGUAAAAUACGUCAAUUAUAAUUGAAUAUUCUUAUUAUUUUUUCUAUAAAAGAGCAGUAAAUUGUUGUUUUUAUGAAACGCAUUGCAAAGUUUAGGCUGAAUACGAUGAAUAUCUUGAAAACGCCAUACGAAACGACAAUAUUGUGCCAGAAGUGCGGGUAAAUUGUGCUCAGGGAACUUACAACGACUUUAAUAAGUAGGUUUGGAAGAUUUUUUGAAAGGAAGUGCUGCAAAAGUUUGAAGGGGGGGGGGAGAAAAUUAUUGGAUUUUAAGGGGGGGGGGAUAAAAAAUUAUUGGAUUUUAAGGGGGGGGGGGUAAAAUUUAUUGCAUUUUAAGGCAGGGGUAAAAAAAAGUAUUGGAUUUUAAGGGGGUGGGGUGGAUUUAUAACAAAAUUCUUGAAGGGGGAGCGGUCUACUUACUAUAUCUAUGUAUAACGAUUAUAUGCUUCAGUAAAUGUGACUGUGAUGAAGGUUGGGGAGGUAACCGUUGUGAAAUCUGUACCAGAAGGCCAUGUGUACCAAAAGCUCGUAUAUCAUCGGUAGUACCACAGUAUGGGGCUGUAAACGAAACUACUGUCGUUCAUGUUGUUGGUGUUGGAUUUCCACGGUAAAUUUUUUCGUUUUUUUUGGUAGUUUUUGUACAUUUUUAUUGUAAAAUACGCAUUUCUUAGUUGUUAUUUUUAAAGUUGUUUAAUGUUCAAUCUAAAAAUUAUACUGCUGGCAAUAAGUUUUGGGACACCCUAUAUCUCAGUUUGUACAUGGCAGAUCUUCAUAAAUUUUUACAUAGAGGUUGUAACAGAGAUUUACAAUUGAUAUUAGUAAGAAAAUUGUCAAAAUCAAAAUUGACAUUUUGUUACACUUGUAAAAAGAUAUUUUUGCUAUGAAAAUCUGGCAAAAAGUUUUGGGACACAGUAAUUUAUGUUGCGAUAAGGUCGAUAUAUUAGUUUAAACUACUUUAAAUAUCUAUUACGUUUUGUCAAGGAUACAAUUUAAUGGUCACUUUGAUUUUGUUUUGCUCCGUUAUAGGAUUCUGGGGCUUAACGUCAAGUUGGUCAGGUACAUCAACAUCGAUAUUAUAAACUUGGUAUUUAUUUCUAAUUAUGAAUUAAAUUUAAUAUUUAGCUCAUAGUAAGUGCUGUAGAAACUUUUUUAACUUUGUGACAUUUUACAGUGACUUCAGAAGUAAGCACGUAUAUUGUCUUAGGUACCCCCACUGACUUUUAGGUAUCAGUAGCUUCUUAGUUUAGAAAAAGUAAAAUAAAAAGCAAUGUUUAAUACAACUACUACACUAUUAGCAACAUAUUAAACCACAAUAAGUAUUUGUAUUAUCCUUUUCUAGAUGGUAUUUUGACGAUUUUAUAUCAAAAUGCACUGCAUCGUACAUAGCUCCAAGUACUACAGCACGACCAUGGUAUGGUAAUUGUUUUUUUUGUCUUAAUAAUGCAAAUCCAAGUAUAAAAUGUUUUUAGAGGUCUGAAUUAACUAAUAUAAGCCGUACAUAAGUCAUAAAAAAUUAUUUGAAAAAAUCACUUUAUCGUUUCCCCUAAUUUUUAUAUAAAACCGUCAACAAACCAUCUAGAAAAGGAUAAUACAAAUACUUAUUGUGGUUUAAUAUGUUGCUAAUAGUGUAGUAGUUGUAUUAAACAUUGCUUUUUAUGUUACUUUUUCUAAACUAAGAAGCUACUGAUACCUAAAAGUCAGUGGGGGUACCUAAGACAAUAUACGUGCUUACUUCUGAAGUCACUGUAAAAUGUCACAAAGUUAAAAAAGUUUCUACAGCACUUACUAUGAGCUAAAUAUUAAAUUUAAUUCAUAAUUAGAAAUAAAUACCAAGUUUAUAAUAUCGAUGUUGAUGUACCUGACCAACUUGACGUUAAGCCCCAGAAUCCUAUAACGGAGCAAAACAAAAUCAAAGUGACCAUUAAAUUGUAUCCUUGACAAAACGUAAUAGAUAUUUAAAGUAGUUUAAACUAAUAUAUCGACCUUAUCGCAACAUAAAUUACUGUGUCUCAAAACUUUUUGCCAGAUUUUCAUAGCAAAAAUAUUUUUUUACAAGUGUAACAAAAUGUCAAUUUUGAUUUUGACAAUUUUCUUACUAAUAUCAAUUGUAAAUCUCUGUUACAACCUCUAUGUAAAAAUUUAUGAAGAUCUGCCAUGUACAAACUGAGAUAUAGGGUGUCCCAAAACUUAUUGCCAGCAGUAUAUCAUCAUCAUCUUAUCUCUUCAGAAACCACGACAAAGCUUACGAAUGUAUAUUCAACAAAACCAAAACGACCGGUAAAUGGAUCAAUUCAACUAUAGUAGAAUGCACCAGGCCUGCUGUAGAUAAUGAUAACGAAUAUUCUGUAGUUUUACUUCCAAGUGGUCUGCAUAGUGUCAUAUCAUCACAACAUAAUAUGUUUUUGGAUUAUUACAGUAACUGUAAUAGCGAUGAUUGUAAAGGAACGUGCUUUAAGAGUAAAUGUAUAUGUAAAGAUGCGAAUACUGGAGUAAACUGUGAAGAUACGAAGGUUACGGUUAAACAACAAUGUGGUACUAAUAAAACGUUGGAAUUGGAGACGGAGGAGAUGCAGGAACUUAGUUAUAUGAUAACUAGUAAUGUAAGUGGCAUAUUGAUUAAGUUUUUUAUAUUAGUUACAAUUUUUAUAUUGCUUUUUACAUUUUUUGUUGUGGCCAUUGCAAAUAUAACACGACCUUUUCCAGACAACCGAAAAACCCUUCCUCUUAUCUUCAUCAACAGAAGAGCUGAUUGUCGAUGAACUCAGUCGCCGUAUCAAAUGGGAAAAGCCACUAGGCCAUGUCAAUCCAUACAUAAUGGAUAUUCAACUUCAACGUGCUUACUGUUCCGACUACAUCAAAGUAUCAUUGAUGGUGAAUCACAGCUACACACCCCAACUAACGUCAGUAACUCGACAUAAAAGUAGUAAUAUGCAUCGGAUUGCUGGAUUCAUCAAGUAUUUGAAUACUACAAGGCUACAGAGUGUUGACUUACCGGUUGUCAUUAAGAUCUAUGAGAAAGACGCGUUGAUUGAGGAGGUGAAGACAUGGUCUACUAGAAGGUUUUUUUCUUAUGAUGUGUAUCCGUUUACUGGGAAGACUACUGAGUAUCAUAUUGUAGGUUUUUUGAGGGUUUGGGGGAGUUUUGGCAUAUGAUAUAUAAACAUAGGGGACUUUUGAGGGGUAGUAUAAUAUCUGUUGCUAUACCUACAGAUAAAUUUUUGAAACAUACAGUAAAUAAUGUCAAUACAAUGUAGUUUCAAACAAUAUAAAAACUACGAUAUCAUUACAACAACUUAUGUUAUGACGAUCUAAAAAACCUUGUUUUAGACAGCAGAUCACCCAAACCCAAUAACCAAUUCCACUCCUGGUUUACCAUUUUCUCACUGUACAGUAGAUGCGUUGUACGAUAAUAAUGUAGUAGCUGGGGAAGCUGAUUUCAACGUAAAAUACGAAUUGAAAAGCCAGUCGUGCGCGUGUGGAGAAUGGAUGGCCGAAGUGUUAUGGCCACGGCAAUUGGUCAUGAUGAAGAGUCAGAAAAUAUCGGUAAUUUACUUUUUUGUGUACAUAUAUAUAUAUUUAUAUAUAUAUGUAAAUAUAUACAUGUAUAUAUAUAUGUUUCAGGGACGUCGUUUGGGGGGGGGGCGGCAGGGGUACCUGUACGCGGAAAAACGAAAAAAAAAAUUUUGAAAAAUCGGUCCACAGGUAGCACCUGUGGACCAAAAAAAAUUUUUAUGACCUCCCCCCCAGAGAAAAACCGUAGCGACGUCCCUGAUAUGUUUAUAUAAUAUAUAUUUGUUUUUACAUACACAUACUGAAAUAUAUGUGUGUAUAUUUAGAAUUAAAACAUUUUUAAAAGAUUUUUUAGAAAGAUGCCACCAACCCUACAAUAGAACUGGUGCUGACAGCAGAUCAAAGAGCGAAAGAUACGUUCGAAUUUUUAUAUGUGGCUAUCAGCUGUGAUUACUUGGUGACUUAUACUGCACGGUAAAUUUUUAAAUUAUUUUAAAGGUAGAUAAUUUAUUUUGUGGUUAAGGCUUAGUAGGCUUGGGCUUAUUAGAAUUAGACUUAACAAGAUUAAGAUUAAGCCUUGUGUGUUUAGGCUUAGCUUUAGGCUAAGUACUCAUAUGUUUAGUGUACACACGUAAAGGUGACUUGGUAGGGUCACAAAAAGUUUAACGGUACGCAGCUGUUCAGAAACACUUGAUUAGCGUAAUAUUACUAUAAUAUUUUUUUGCGGUGUUACCUAAUUUAAUGCUACAAUAAUAUAGCCUUAGAGAAAUUGCAAGAAAUGAUAUUACGCAACUUUUUCUUAUGUAAUAUUAAUGGUCUUAUACAAUAUAUGCCUCGAUGUAAAACGACCCAACAAAUUACUGCGAGUACGGCAGUCCGAAUUUGUGUUACUGCGAGGUCUACUAAACCUAUUCUUAUUAAAAAUGAGCUUGCUAAGCCUAAUCUUACUAAGUCUAAGCCUACUAAGCCUAAGCCUACUAAGUUUAAGCCUACUAAGCCUAGCCCUACUAAACCUAAGCCUACUAAGCCUAAGCCUACUAAACCUAAGCCUACUAAGCCUAAGCCUACUAAGCCUAAGCCUACUAAGCCUUAGCUUACUAUAAGCUUACUAAGCCUACUAAAUUUAAGCUUCCUAGCUCUAAGCCUACCAAACUUAAGCUUUCUAAGUUUAAGCCUACUAAACUUAAGCUUACUAAGCCUAAGCUUACUAAACUUCAGUUUCUUUAAUGUUAUAAAUUUUUGAAAAAUUUUAUGAAAAAACUUUCUUUACAAACAAAAAUUAUAUUAUUUUAGUCAUCAUCUCAUCCGCCGCUACGGAAACCUAAUAAAAAUCAGUCCAAAACGUCUAGACGUCUCUUUAAACGACGAUCAAACCCUGGUCGAAGUUACAGUAGAAACCCAGUCAACUCCAUCACCAGCAUCAUUAUCAAAUGAUCUCUCUCCAUUCUUCUUGGUAUCUUCACCAACCACACGUAGACUGAAUAAUAGGACAGUUCAGCUGGACUAUGUGUUUGGAGUGCGAAGUCCGUUAAAAGAGCAGACUCUGGAAGGAGUAUUACGGUAUCCGGACAAGAGUUCACCGCUUUUUCAGAUACCGUAUAGGAUAAGUAAAAGUCAAGAUACGAAAUGUCGGUUGAGAAUCAAGGUGAAGUGCAUGACUUACAGUGAGAAUAACUUUGCUGAGGUGGGUUUUUGUUAUUCAUAUGUCAUUUUAAACAAAUUUUCGAAAUUUUAAAUUAAAAAAAUUUUUGAAAUUUAAAAAAUUUUUUAAAAAUUUAAAAUCUUUAAAUUCUAGGUAAUUCUGAUGUCAUCACAACGUGAAAUAUUGUUCAACAAGUUUGUAAAGAUCAAUUCAGCAGUCGAAUUUGAGCCUUUGGAUAUUGACAUAUACGAAUUGAUGAUACGAGCUGACGAGUUUUUGACAUUCAAUCAAUUAGUCAAAGUUACUACAAGUAAUUCUACUUUUACUGCAGUUUUGACUCAAAAACUGUCGAAAAGUUUGACUAUCUUUGAUGAGGACAUCAAGUUUGUUCAGAUGGAUCAGGUAGGUUGUGUAUCGUACUAUUUGAGGCGUUUUGCAGUAUUAGGUGCCGACAUAAAGAACCCGCCAUACUUUGCGUAUAAAGUAAUACCUAAACUUUAGCAAAGCACCAGGCCAGAACUCAUGGUACAGCCAAGUACGAUAACAGAGUUGGAUAAGGACAUUUGGGUAUCUUUUAUCUAUUCUAAUGGUCCACAGAACUCUAUGGCUAUGAUUACAAAUCGAGAGAGUAAUGGAGAGUACUAUACUAUCGAAAACGUAAGUUUUUUAUUGAUAAGAAAGGGUAUGAUAACAUAGGUUAUGGUGUGGUAGGCUAACUUAGGGUAUGGUGUGGUAGGUUAAUGGAGGAUGUGGUGCGGUAGGCUAACGUAGUAUGGUGUCUUAGGCUAACUUAGAGCAUAGUAUGGUAGGCUAAAGUAGUUUGUGGUAUGGUAGGCUAACGAAGGGUAUUGUAUGGUAGGCUAAUGUUGGGUAUGGUAUGGUAGGCUAACGUAAGAUAUGGUAUGGUAUGAUAAGCUAUUUUUUGUUGAUAUAAAGUACUGUAACUCAAAAACCUUUAGCUACCCUACCACAUGGCAAUCUGUGUCGGCUGUGGAUACAAGCACAAGAUCAAGGUAGUAUCCACGGAUAAACGACUAAAUCAAUCUGAUAUUGUACAUCUACUACAAAUUUCGUACAUUUAUACUGUUCCUGGCGUUAUGGGCGAUUUUCAGGACAACGCUUUGGUUUUAGUGGACUUGAGGACGAAAAGAAACCAGCCACCUAGUAUGUUCACCAUGACAAUAUUAAAAAAAUUUUUUUUAAUUUUUGGUUUUAAAUGAAAGAAUUGUAAAAUACGGUUGUCAAAAUUGUGUUGUUAAAUUUUAGGACUAUACCCAUCAAACACAAACCUCCAACGCUACUACCAAGUUUCACAGUCUUGUCAUACUGAUCUGGCAUCCAAAUGUCGUCAAUUCUUCGUACGUUCCGACGUCUGUAGUAAUAGUUGGGCAUUACUACAAACUAAUAUACCUUCCACUAUUAGUUUUAUGGAAUUAGUCAUGUUUCAACGCAAUUGCACUCAAUCAGGACUGAAUUUUGAGGAUUUGAAGCAACUAAUGAGAUGUGUAAUAUCAGCUAAUAGUGGAUUCUGCGAAAUUCAACCGUAUAUUUCAAAGGAGCAUUUGAUGUGCACUCAGAAUGUGAGGAAUUAAAUUUUUGUUUUAAUUUGUAUUUUAGAAAAAUUUUUAUUUUUUCUUUUUUAAAUUAAAGAAGAAUACGUUACUUCAGAGUUUAUCCUUGGCAAACACCAAAAACCUGUAUAACAUGGCAGCAGUCCAGCUAAAUCUUCCUCGGUUUGACCUGUGCAACUUUGUUAAUGGCUUCUACAAGCAUUUACAUUAUCUUACAGUGAGUUUUUUAAUCUUUUUUAUUGAAAAAAGAUAUUUAUUAGAUGCCGAAAUAAAGAACCCGCCAUACAUUUCCUGUAAUUUCCUGAAAAAAUGGCGGGUUCUUUAUGUCGUCACUUAAUAUAAACGAACUACCAAGUCCUAAGGAUCUGUUAGGUUGAACCAAAAGUAGCGGGUCAAUUUUUAGUUGAAAAAUAAAUGCAAAAUGACUCGUUACUUUUGGUUCAAAUUUUAAUAUUAUGUGUGGCAGGUGAAGAAAAAAAUUUUUUUUUUCAAAAAAAACUAAAAAAAAGUAAUAAAGGACACUUUUUAGAAUUUACUGCUAAAUGCGACAAACUUGUUGGAUGAAGAAAGAUUUGAAAAGUUUGUUCAAACGGUUACCAAUCAAUCGGACUAUCAAGAUUAUAUUACACUGCAGGAGGGAUUAUCAUUACAAGGUGAGAUUGUAUUUUUUAUAAUAGACUAUGCUUUAGAAAGUAGAGUAGGAUAAGUCGACUACGUUAGAUAGAGCAUCAAGCGUAGUACUAUUAGGUGCCGACAGGGCCGGGCGGGGACUUUUGGUCUGGGGGCAGGGGUCCAAAAAAUCGGCACAGGUGCUACCUGUGCCGAUUUCUUGCGAAAAUUUUUUUUCCAAAAAAUCUACAGGGGGGGGGGACCACGUUCAAAUUUUUUUGAAAAUUUUUUUCUGGGGGGGGGGUUUUUUACAUGAAAUUACAGGCAAAGUAUGGCGGGUUCUUUAUGUCGGCACCUAAUAUUUUUAAAAUUUUUAAUUUUUUUUUAGAAUCCACAAAUGAUUUACUGUUCAUAUCAAAAUGGAACAAGAUCUACGAAGAAUCUCAACAAACUGAUCAUAUCCAAUCAAGAUACGAUGUUGAUAACACGAAUCCUUACACAUACCUAAAAGAAUUUGUGAAGCUUUCGAGGACAUUAAAAGAGUUGUCAAAUGGAAUAUCAAGAAGAGAUCCGUCAAGUUUACUGAACGAUGUUAUCAGUUUGAUGUUACGGUUGGAUAACACCACAUCUGAAGUUGUCAUCAAGGCUUAUUUGAGCGUAGAACCGUUGUAUUCAAAGGAGUCUGGGGACUUUUUGGUCAAUUUGUACUUGAACAAUCCUACUGUGAGUUUUGGGGCAUGUUGUGGUUUGUAUUGUAGGGGAAUAUGUUGGCUUUUGUUUGGGUUAUCGUGCUGUAACUGGCUUUUACAGUACUGUAAACGAGGCUUGAUGAGUAUAACUUUUUUUCUUCUUUUUGGGGUAGUUCAGGGAUACUGUAAGGGAGUUUUACUUCAAUUUUCUACAGUAAUACAAUAAUUUCAGGCUAAGAUAACACUAAGAAAAGUACGGACAAGUGUUAAGUUCACUGAUUUUAAUGGAACGUUAUACGAAUUCCCAGUGAAAGAGCAGUUAUUUGAUGGAAAAGAGACGUUAGACGACUUCAAAGUCUUGAAACCAGGGAAAAACAUGACAGUUCAAUGGAAUGUCAACUCAAGAUCUGAUACCAAACUACUGAAAACUGUUUAUCCUACUGUAGGUUUGAUUUUUGAAGAGUUAUAGCUAGUUUUGUAGUGGGGCGUGUUAAAUUUUGGAUUUUUUUGAUCAACAGGGGGGACCAAGCUGAAUUUUUUUGGCAUUUCUUUAACCCCCCUCCCUCCUCUUUUCCACCAUAUCAUACAUACUUUAACUUUACUGUUGCUAAUCCCAUUGACAUUUUCAGGCGGUAGUAAACCUGAAUUUCGAAGCAAAUCGACAGUUUCAUUCAAGGGAGAUUUAUUCUCCAAUGUUCAAGGUAGACCCAGCUGGAUCAGUUCGAAUUAUAGCCUUAAUGUAUCCGAUGAUACAUGGAAAAGCUGGUGUUAAGAUGCCAUUUAGUGUCAAAUUAAGUGUUAUGAACGUUGGGUAAGUAAGAGAUGUGUUUUCUUUUACUAGGCUGAUUUUUAUUUAUAUUGUAGUAGGUGUUGGUGGUUUUUCGCUGAAUUUUUCUCUUCUUUGUCCACAAAAAUUCUAUAGUUUAUUUUAUAUACCUUUAUACCAAACCCUACUCUUUAAUAGUAAAUACUGUAAAAUUAAAAAAUUUAAAUUUAAGAUACCUAAAGCUUGAAAAUGUAUGGUUGAAGAACAUAAGACCACAGAUAAUGGACGAAUACUUUGCUGGAGCUUUACCGUAUACUGUGGAUUCUAUGGAGGUUGAUGGAAUGUCAGUAACGCCAACAUUAGAUGUAGAUCUGAGCGAUUUGGAGUCAGGAGAACAAAAUAAUGUUGUUAUGAACAUUAGCUUGGUCAAGGGAGGGGUGGGUUAAUAUUUUUUGAUUUUAUGAGGGCAGGGAAGUUACUAUAGUAAAAAGUCUCGUUGCUAUGAAGUAAUGAGGUCUUUAUUCUUUAUUAUGUCGAUUUGCUAUCAUAAUACUGAUAUAAUUAUAGCUUGGGUACCUAAAAAACAUCAAACUCUCCUGCUUCUCACACAACAACUUUGUGGAUACAGUAAACCUUCGUAAGUUCUACAUUAAGCACACAAUCAACCCAACAACCCUGCUGAUUGCUGACGUAGCAGAAGUCUACCCAUUAUACAUCUACCAUACAGACACAGCCAAGUUAACAUCAUUAGAUGGCUUGUUCGUUGAUCAAGAAACUCCAGUAGCGUCUGACCGUGAAUGUCUGUCCAAGGUGUUGAUAGCGUUCCGGCUAGCUGACGAGUCAAAACGAUUUGAAAGUCCGGUUAUUGGUACUACAAACUGGCCAGAUAACAUUAACAAAUCGUAUUCCCUUAAGGCCGUUUUUCAAAUUUUCCCAAAUUUUGAUGUUCUUUACCGGACGAUUCGUAGCGACAUGUUUUGGGUGGAUGAACAUAGUACGAUAACGUUCUUGGAUGAACUACCGUUUACUGUGGACAGUAAAAUUUACUACGAGUUUAUAUUCAGUGCUCCAGACUGUAUGCCUCGACAAUUUUUCAGCCAAGAAACCUACCGUAUCCCAAUACCACCGGGUCUUCACAAUAAAUACAGUAUAUUGGCUCAAAUUCAAGCCCUGGGGGAGGAUUCUAAUUCAAAAGCCUUUACAUACUCAUUGAAAAGCGAUGAAGAAAACUUUCCGUAUGUGAUACUGGCGGACUCUGGUAGUAUCAUCAACAUGGACAACAACAUACGAAACCGAAGUUACUGUGCGGUAGUUGAGGCCAAGAAUCCCGAUGGAGCUACAGUUAAUAGUACAGUACAGCUGGGUGGUCGGAGAAUUGAAAGAUGCGACUUUAACAACACUGAUACACUACAGGACCAUACAUUAGGUGGUGUUCAUAACAUACCAUUUGAUUAUGAUCGUGCUAGAGCCGAGUUUCUUCACAAGAGUAUUGUUCAAGUACCUGAGCUACAAGUUCGAGAAGACGGGAUUAAUGUUGAAGUUGACGAGAAUGAAGUUGUGUAUGAGCUACCAGAGGAUGAAGAGCUGGAGGCUACAAUAAUACCGUACACUACAGUCAGUACAGAAGAAGAAGUGGUAUUGCCGGCUAUUCCUGGCAGAAUAUACAGUACAAGGCGCCCUAUUAGUACUACUGUUGGUUUAAGUAGUGCUGAUGAACAGCUUCAGACAAGAAAACCUAUAGUGACAACAACAAAAUCUACUACAAUAUCUAGUACAAUAUCAGUUACUAGAGUCAGUACAGCAAGUUCUACAACCGAUAGAGCUGUUUUACUUGGUACUGACGAUACUACAACUACCAGCUCUUAUUUCACAAAUUUUGGUGCUACUACUACUACUUCUACUUCAGAUACAACACAAAGUGUUGUCACAACUACAGUAUCAUCUACUACAACAAUGUUUACCACUGAAACCUAUGCCCAAUCUACACUGCCAAUGAAGCCGGACUUGUCUCCAAAUCUGAUACACAAUGUUACACCACUGCCUACACUUCAGGUUCUUACAACAACUACUCAAGAACCGGUGCAAACACCUCAUGUUACAUUAGACUGUACCAGCCUAACCACUACUGCGUAUCUGGAACCAGAUCAUCAAGUGAACGCGCUAAAUGCUACAGAAUUGGAGCACGUUAUUCCACCGUUAAAGGAGACAGAAGCUGUUACUUUGAAGACUACCAAUCAACCGGUCGAUGCGACGUUACGUCCUAGUGGUACUACGAUCCAAAAUGGUAGGACAACAACAUCAUAUGGUUAUAAUACAGUAAACCAAACAAAAUCAACGGAUGAUGAUGUGUUGGUUAAUUUGUUGACUAUUCCAACACCUCCAACUACUUCAGCUUUACCUAUAGCCAAAGGUGUUCAUAUUGAUACGAAGCAAACUGGAUCCUUUUCAUUGAAAGAUCAAGUCAACCUUGGUGACGCGGCCGCUAUGGUGGAUAUGGCAUGCAAAAUGAAGGCUCAGAAGCCGGCUUAUCGAGUGUUGUGUGAUUUGGCCAAAACUGUUUAUAGGACACAGUAG